ACGAUAACAUGUUGACACAUUACUGCGCAAGGUGGUCGCUACGUUCAACUUAGAACUCGAAACCCUCUAAAAAGCGGGAUAUAUUUAAACCUUCCCAUCUCUUCAAAGUCAAAACAUAAGCCUUUCAUUGAUUUGGUGUUCUCGAUCAGGCUAGCUAUCGGUCGUUGUUUGUCAGGAUAUGGUCCUAAGAAGAGAAUUCGGCCUUUUACUGGCCGCCAUUUUGGCUGUUUGUUUGCUACCUGGUUGUAGUGCGUUCUAUCUGCCCGGUUUAGCUCCGGUCUCUUAUUGCGAAUCAUCUAAAGAACAAGAUGGAUGCAAGGCACAAAUAAAUCUGUAUGUGAAUCGCUUGGAUUCUGUGGACUCAGUCAUCCCAUAUGAAUAUUCCAGCUUUGAUUUCUGUUUGGCUAAAGACUCCAAGUCGUCACCAUCCGAAAAUCUUGGCCAGGUUGUGUUUGGUGAGAGAAUACGCCCGUCUGCAUACAAUUUGUCAUUCAAGAAAGAAGUGAAAUGUGAGACUUUGUGUACAAAGACAUAUGACACUUCAAAGAAUGAAGACAAUAAAAAGUUGGAUUUCCUACGUAGUGGCAUUGCUCUCAACUACCAGAACCACUGGAUUGUUGAUAACAUGCCAGUUACCUGGUGCUACGAUGUGACUGAUGAAGAGAGGAAGUACUGCUCCACUGGCUUUCCUAUUGGAUGCUUUGUGACAGCUGACGGACAGGCCAGAGAUGCAUGUGUUACAAGUACCAAGUUUAGCACUGCCGACACCCACUACGUGUUCAACCAUGUUGAUAUAACCAUCACCUACCACAGUGGCAAAGGAGAAGAAUGGAUUGGGGCGCGCCUGCUGUCUGCGAAGCUGGUACCAAGAAGCUUGAAGCAUGAGAAAGCUUCUGAUUGUGGGGCAAACCAAGAUGUCCUAGGCAUCCCGGCAAAGUUGUCAUCCACUCUCAAGAUAACAUACACCUACUCUGUCACCUAUGUUGAAAAUAACAGCCUUAAAUGGGCAUCACGCUGGGAUUACAUUCUGGACUCAAUGCCCCACACAAAGAUCCAGUGGUUCAGUAUCAUGAACUCAUUCAUCAUCGUUCUCUUCCUGUCUGGUAUGGUUGCAAUGAUCAUGUUGAGAACCCUUCACAAGGACAUCGCCCGCUACAACCAGAUGGACUCUGGGGAGGAUGCACAGGAAGAGUUUGGAUGGAAGCUGGUGCAUGGAGAUGUGUUCCGUUCCCCAAGGAAGGGGAUGCUUCUCUCUAUUCUUCUUGGUUCUGGAACUCAGAUUUUGAUCAUGACAUUUGUCACCCUUGUUUUUGCUUGCCUUGGAUUCUUGUCGCCUGCUAACCGUGGAGCGCUGAUGACUUGUUCCCUUGUGCUCUUUGUCUGCUUGGGUUCCCCUGCUGGUUACGUAUCCGCCAGGCUGUAUAAAAUGUUUGGAGGCGAGCGCUGGAAGACAAAUGUUAUUCUGUCUUCAUUCUUUGUACCUGGGUUUGUGUUUGGCAUCUUCUUCCUGUUGAAUCUAGUGCUGUGGGCGGAGGGCUCAUCUGCUGCUAUCCCAUUCACCACGCUCCUGGCCUUGUUAGCACUAUGGUUUUGUAUUUCUGUUCCUCUUACCUUCCUUGGAGCAUACCUUGGAUUCAAAAAGAAGCCAAUUGAACAGCCAGUGCGUACGAACCAGAUUCCUAGGCAGAUUCCUGAACAGAGUAUCUACACAAGAGCUCUACCUGGCAUCAUCAUGGGUGGAGUUCUGCCUUUUGGUUGCAUCUUUAUUCAACUUUUCUUCAUUCUAAAUAGCAUCUGGUCUCACCAGAUAUACUAUAUGUUCGGCUUCCUGUUCGUGGUGUGCGCCAUCUUGGUACUGACGGUCACGGAGACUACCGUGCUCCUCUGUUACUUCCACCUUUGUGCUGAGGAUUACCAUUGGUGGUGGCGUUCGUUCCUGACUGGUGGCUGCACUGCCUUUUAUUUCUUUCUCUAUUGCAUCCACUUUUUCUACACCAAGCUGACCAUCUCGGGGACAGCGAGUACCGUGUUGUACUUUGGUUAUACACUCAUCAUGGUGUGGCUGUUCUUCUUAUUUACUGGUACUGUUGGGUUCUUCUCCUGCUUCUUCUUCAUCCGUAAAAUUUACAGUAUCGUCAAGGUCGACUGAACAGACUGCUGAACACAAGGAGUUACAGCAAGUUGGAUACGUUGAAUAGCUCCUUUAUGGAAAAAGCGCGAAAUACAGUUUUUACUGUGAGAAAAAAACGAGGGUGUAUUUUAAUUUUGUUAAAUUUAGGGCAAGUGUAAUCCUUUGUUGGGAUUUUUCCGGCUAAUGGGAGGGGAUGGCUUAUUUGUGCGUGAUUUCCAGCCAUAUUCAUAGGUGACUUCAAUUUAGAAAAUCUCUUACAGUGGAACCUGGAUUUUACGAUGGGAGAAAGGAAAUGUAUCGUAAAAUCGGCGCACAGAAAAAAUAUGUGGUGAACGCCUUUCCCUUUCUCCGCCGGAUUGUUUCUUAUUCAUAUUUUCACGUGAGCAGAGUUCAGCCGUAAAAUAUUGGGUAAUGUAAGCGAUUGUGGAAAAAGUGUUUAUUGUACCCUUCAAUCAAGACCACUCGUUUCGAUGCGUUUACUCGUUUUUCGCGACGAGUUUCAGCAGGGAGCGCGGAAAUUACCGAGUAAACGCGUGCAAGCAGGCUUGGAAUGGCCAACAGUACGGGACUUGCGCUAAGAGAUCACGUGACUGGGUGGCAAACGAGCGCGCUGUCAGGCUUUUAUCGGCGAAAUAGCCUAACUGUAGGCUUUGAUAGUUUUUCCGGCACGAAAACCGAAAACACGGCGUUUGCAUACCACGGCCGCCAUCUUGGAUAAUGCGCUCCACAGGAGUAUGUUUAAGCAAAAUGCGCGGGGCAUUUUUUUUUCUCCCCCUCCCCCUGCGGAGCGCAUUAUCCAAGAUGGCGGCCGUGGAAUGCGAACUCCGAGUUUUCGUGCUGGAAAAACUAUCAGAGCCUACAGGUAGGCUAGCGGCAAAAUAACAGCAAUAAAAAGUAACUUAUUUAGCAGUUACGAAAAAAGAAAGGGUUUAGUUUUAGUAAAAUAUUCAGAAAGGGUUUAGUUUUAUUAAAAUAUUUAAAUUUUUCGUCGUUCUCUGGUGUGACUUUAGCUGUCAUUUCUGUGAUUGUUUUGAAUUUGUCAGAAAGGUCACGUGAUCUCUUAGCGCAAGUCCCCCAUUGAGCUGGAUUGGGCCUGCGUUGCUGACGUAUUCGAUGUUGUGAAAUAUUAGAGACCACUGUAACGGUUCUUGUGAAACAUUGCGAAUAUUUAAAGGAACCAAUUUUUUAGGCCAUGACAGUAACGAUCUGCAUGCUUUUUCAAAAUAUUAGGAGUUAAAUGGUAUGUGUUUGCUAUUCACUUGCGCAAGUAACGUAAAUUUGCAAAGUUUAAAAAAUUUCUUUAGAGACCUUGAAUCUGACGAAUUAUGUGAUGACUUUUUAACAAAUGAGAUAUACAUUCACAAGCGUGAAUAGUAUUUUUUUUUUCCAAAAUGUUAAGUCAGUAUAUAGAAUAAAUCCCAAAACAGUAUCACGAAAGUCGGAUCUAGGGUCUUAACUGUUGUCACAAAGCACCGUUUAUAUUCAAGUAUGUUUGAACUAUAUUGUAUUUAAUACACCUUGGAUGGUUUAUGUAUAACUUUUAAGUUAAAAGUACUUUAUACCGGCUGUCUAUCAAGGUGCUUAGCUAGUACGAAUGCAAGGCACUAAGAGAGGGGUCCUGUCUAUCAAGGUGCUUAGCUAGUACGAAUGCAAGGCACUAAGGGAGGGGUUCUGUCUAUCAAGGUGCUUAGCUAGUACGAAUGCAAGGCACUAAGGGAGGGGUUCUGUCUAUCAAGGUGCUUAGCUAGUACGAAUGCAAGGCACUAAGGGAGGGGUCCUGUCUAUCAAGGUGCUUAGCUAGUACGAAUGCAAGGCACUAAGAGAGGGGUUCUGUCUAUCGAGGAGCUUAGCUAGUACGAAUGCAAGGCACUAAGGGAGAUCGGGAGGGGUCCUGUCUAUCAAGGUGCUUAGCUAGUACGAAUGCAAGGCACUAAGGGAGAUCGGGAGGGGUUCUGUCUAUCAAGGUGCUUAGCUAGUACGAAUGCAAGGCACUAAGGGAGAUCGGGAGGGGUCCUGUCUAUCAAGGUGCUUAGCUAGUACGAAUGCAAGGCACUAAGAGAGGGGUCCUGUCUAUCAAGGUGCUUAGCUAGUACGAAUGCAAGGCACUAAGGGAGGGGUUCUGUCUAUCGAGGAGCUUAGCUAGUACGAAUGCAAGGCACUAAGAGAGGGGUUCUGUCUAUCAAGGUGCUUAGCUAGUACGAAUGCAAGGCACUAAGGGAGGGGUUCUGUCUAUCAAGGUGCUUAGCUAGUACGAAUGCAAGGCACUAAGGGAGGGGUCCUGUCUAUCAAGGUGCUUAGCUAGUACGAAUGCAAGGCACUAAGGGAGGGGUCCUGUCUAUCAAGGUGCUUAGCUAGUACGAAUGCAAGGCACUAAGGGAGGGGUCCUGUCUAUCAAGGUGCUUAGCUAGUACGAAUGCAAGGCACUAAGGGAGGGGUUCUGUCUAUCGAGGUGCUUAGCUAGUACGAAUGCAAGGCACUAAGGGAGGGGUUCUGUCUAUCAAGGUGCUUAGCUAGUACGAAUGCAAGGCACUAAGGGAGGGGUUCUGUCUAUCAAGGUGCUUAGCUAGUACGAAUGCAAGGCACUAAGGGAGGGGUCCUGUCUAUCAAGGUGCUUAGCUAGUACGAAUGCAAGGCACUAAGGGAGGGGUCCUGUCUAUCAAGGUGCUUAGCUAGUACGAAUGCAAGGCACUAAGGGAGGGGUCCUGUCUAUCAAGGUGCUUAGCUAGUACAAAUGCAAGGCACUAAGAGAAAGGGUUCCGGUGGUCCUUUACGCAUAGCUUUAUCUUAACUAGAAUCUCGUAGUAACUAGUGAGGUGCGUAGGUGCCCUCGUAACCCACGGGGCAAUAUAUAGAAACAUUUAUCCAUGGUAUUACUUUCAUGGACCGAGAACACGUCUCAGAUACAGACAGCCAAACGAUAGCAGAGCUCAAGCUACGUUUGAAAACUAGUUACGUUUUAGAAACGGUAUCUUAGAGGCGCGUACUAUUAGGGGCCGGGUGCGCAGUCAUAGGUAUUACAUGAAAAAAGGAUAGUAUUUGACAAUAAGGAGGAACAAGCGGGAUGCGCACGCACCCCUAUAUGUACGCGCCUUUAUUACUACUUGUGCAAAAGAACCGUCCCAGAAACGCACUGGUUUAACCGAAAACGCUCUUCUUCGUAUGGUUUACCUGAUAGGAAUGGAUGGUAAGGUUGAUCCGCCUUACAUUCACUCUUAUUUGGAAAGGCAUCUCAAAGGCUCCGAGUUUUCGACUCCUAAAUUGAGUAGCAUUUUCGCAGUGGGUUAUUAAUACCAUGUCAAGGACUUAAAUUGUUGAAUAAAGCACACUGAAUUAAAA